AUGGCGUUCAAGCGCAAGACCCGCGCAGGUUGGUUGCGUGAGGACGAAUAUGUGCGCCAAAUGCUGCCAGAAUGGCGUUGCAAGGCUGCCAAGCGUGAGGAAGCUGCGCGCGGCGAGCCUACGGGAGAACCUCUAGUGGCAAUAAUUCGCCGCUGGGGGAUGGCCAAUUGGGCACUUGGCGGGACAGGCCCACUCUGGCAAAUCCUGGUCGUGCAUGUUGAUGGCGCAGGACGCGAGGGCUCCUUUGGCCACCACCUCAUCGCCACAAUGAUCAAGGCGCUACACCACCACCCAAGUCCGGACGCUCGCAAUCUGCGUGGGCUGCUGAAGUCGAAAAAGGUGAGGGUGCUGAAUGGAGCUCCAGAUCCAGACAAGAUGUCCUGGGGCCGAGACGACUGGGUGCCUGUGAUGUAUGCUGCAGGGGACACGCCCUACGAAGCUCUGCGUGUCAUUCUCUUAGUCAUGCAAGAGAAAGUUCGUCAAAACUUAUUGACGCAGAUGCCUCCAGAAUUUUCUGUUGAUUGGGCACUCGGCGAGCGUCCAGCAGAGCCCUUGCCACCCCCGUGGAAGAUUGCGUGCGACAGUGGCUUCUACGCAGGGCUACAAGACCCAUUCAGGGUGCUGCCUCCACGUGGCCAUGAGCAUAUCACAUGUGAGUUGCAACAACUACCAGCAGAUCACAAGUACAGACUCGAGUUCUCUGGCGGGGUUGAUCCAUUCAAAGCUGGCUUUGAGAAGGCCGACGUCCCUCGGCAAACCUGUGGUCGCUGCCGCUUCCUGCACGACCUUGCUUUUGAUGAACGCAGCAAGGACCGCGUGAAGCAGGUUCUGCACACCGUGCUUGGCGGCUUGCCUGUCGAGCUGCGCUUCAGCGUGCGGCACCUAGACGACGCCUUCGCUUACUGGCUGCAGGAGCAGCCUACAGUCAUUCUAGCGCAGGAACAACAACCUGCAGUCCGUCCUGGCGCCGACUAG